AUGCAUAUAACAAUGGAUGAAUCUAAUAAGGAAUUAAUUAAUAAUGUACCACAUUCACGGGCAAAAACACGACCAUCUGGAAAAUGUACAUUAGCUAGGAAACGUUUAAAACAAGUGUUUAAUAUGAGAAAAUAUUAUUUAUCAGUUAUUGGAUUGACAGGUUUUGAAGCAUUAUUAGUAUUAUGUCGAGUGAUAUUGGAAACAGAAUCAUUACGUUUACCUCCCGGAAAUACUCAACGAUUAAUUUUAGAAGGUCAAUUAGCUUUAGAAUGUUUAAGUUUAUUUACAUUGACAUUAUUUGUUGUGGAAGUUCCAUUUAAAAUAUGGGCUAUGGGAAUUCGUCAAUGGGGUCGUCAAUUAUUAUUUAUUAUAGAUGGUCUUGUAUGUGCAGUUUGUUUCUCAUUAGAUAUCUAUAAUAUUUAUCGACAUUCUAGUCGACCAUCAAGAGGGAUUACAUCAUCAAAAGUUUUAGAAUUAUGUAAUUAUUUACAUAUUACUUCACAAGCAGAUACAGCUUCAACAUUUGCUGAAAUCUUUGGUCUUAUGAUUGUUUAUAGAUUAUGGUAUAUUAAAAGAUUUAUAAAAAAAACAGUAUUCAUUAAAAGCAAACAAUCAAUUAAAAGAAUUCAAGAACUUCAACAAGUUUAUGGAGAAGCUGAUCAACGUAUUAAUCAAUUAGAAAAUAUAUUACAAGAACAAAUAGAUCGUAAAGAUAAUCAUCGAUCAAUAUCGAAUGUAAUUUUAGAUAAUAAACAAGGACAACAACAAACAACAAGACCAAUGCCAAAAGUGAAUUAUUCCAAUCGUCCUGCACCACGUCAGUUUUCUAAUAUAGAACGUUAAUCAAUAUUUACAUAUCUAUAUCUACAUAUGUUUUAACCUAUCACUGUAUUCUUACCAUACUUUUUUUGGUUUAACAUUUAUACUACUGCUUCAUUUUGUUAGUAGUAUAAAUAAGCUUUAAAAAAUAAAUUAUGUAGAGAGAUUAAAUUUUUCAUUUAGAAAAUUUAUAAAAGACUAUAAUGAUACUGGUUCUAUUCUAUGAUUUAUGAUGAAUUGUAUAAUAUGUCUAUAUAAAAUAAUAAUUUAAUAUUCU